GGAGAAUUUCCAUUUCAACAAUGAUUUCACUCUUUCAAUCGGAUCAUUGCCGAGCCUCGUUUCUACGAAUUAAGACGCACAUUGCAAAGGCUUAUGACCUUGCGUGGGAGCUGAUGGGGAUCGCAUGCUGACAUUGGGUACAGCUCACCAAUCGAAGAAGGUCCCAGACUGAAUGACUUUUCUGGCACCUGCCGUCCCCACAGUAUUCCUUGAUCCACUCUCUCCAUGGCCGUCAUGAAUGGUCAAUCAGAAUGCCAUCUCAAGCGCCAUGUUGACGGUGACACUAAAUCGCAUAUCGCCAGUAACAACCUGGAUUGGAUGCGGGAUCCUCCUCCAGCGAAGAUGACAAGCUUCCAGAAAUUCGUACGAGAUUUUGACUGGGCCAAGACUGCGUUGGGGACAAUGGAGUUCUGGCCGCGAGAGUUGAAGCAGAUGGUGCGCUUCAUCAUGGCCGAUAGUCAACCAUGCGUCCUGUACUGGGGCGAAAGGUUCAUCAUGAUUUACAACGAAGCAUCGGUGCCGUUUAUCGGCUCCAAACAUCCCGACGCUUUGGGUGAAGAUGCGUCUGUUGUGUUUCCAGAUUUCUGGAAGUACUUCGCAACCAUCAUAUCUACACAACGUCAAACCGGAGAGACGGCGUCGGGCGAAGCGUCCAUGUUGUUGAUGGAGCGAUAUGGGUUUCUGGAAGAGACGUACUUCAACUGGAGAAUGGUUCCUGUUAUUGGUGAUGAUGGAAAGGUCAUGGGAUCGUACGCCACACAAUCUGAUUUGACGAAAGACGUUAUUCGGAGGCGGCGGAACGAUUGCAUUCACUACCUGUCGCAACAAAUAUCAAGUGCUACUACUAUGGAAGAUCUGUGGCAGGGCACUUUGAAUGGCCUCAUGAGCAACGAAACAGACGUGCCAUUCGCUCUGGUAUAUUCUAUCGAGGAGCAGAUCAGCGCCACAUCCUUGCCUUCCAAGCCCAACUACACUUGUCACUUGGAAGGCUGUCUCGGCGUCGAGCGCGGUGACGACCUUGCUAAGGAGUAUCUGGAUAUACAAAAUGACCUGGGCGGCUUUACUCCCUCCGUCCUUGAAGCCCUUACCAAGAAGAGGAUAAUUGUGGUCGAGGCUAGCGAAUGCCUGUCAUCUCCGUGUGGGAUUUCCUGGAAGGGUUUUGGCCUACCGAGUCGCCAAUUUUCGAUUGUUCCUCUCAAAGCCGAUGGCGAGAUUGCGGCAUGCUUGAUCAUUGGACUGAAUCCGUACAGGCGAUACAACCAACUCUACACUUGGUUCCUGCAGGUCAUGGCUGACGUAAUUGGACCACAAAUAUCCAAAAUCAGGCUGUCGGACGAAGUAAAACGUAGGUCUGAGCUGGCCAGAAAUGCUACCAUCAACUUUCAAAAGAGUGAGAUGCGGUUGAACAGGUUCGCGGAGCGAUGCAUUGUUGGGCUAUCAUUAGCAGACACGGAUCUUAAUAUUAUAUACGCAAAUGACGCAUGGUAUAAAAUAUCGGGCAUGAGUCCCAGCAACCACGACUGCUGUGGUCUUAUCGAAAAUGUGCAUCCGGAAGACGUUCCACUGGUGGAAGAAUGGCUCGAAAGGGUACGAACCCAGAAAAAGAGCGGUCAGUUUCAGUUUCGUAUCGAACAACCGUUUCGGCGUGGUCAGAUGGAUUCGGAUCAUCGGACUGCCAUGUGUGCUUGCUAUGCCGAUCUGAAUGAGGCUGGCGAGGUAGAAACCGUCAUGGCGCUGCUCAUGGACAUUAGCGAGCACAAGUGGAUCGAGGAACAAUUACGCAUCCGCACAAAGGAACUGGAAGAGUCCGAGGGCAAAUGGCGCAACUACGCCGAGCACUCCCCACUGGGAAUACUUCGAACCGACGGCAAAGGACAAGUUCUGUUCGCGAAUGAUGCCUGGCACUCAUACUACGGUUUUACUCCUGGCCAAGUCCAUGAUCCGGAACCCUGGCUUCCUCUUAUUGACCCCGAAGACAGACCGCCUGUGAAAGAGCUACUGGAAAGGCUCCGGAAGGAGUCUGGCCCUAUAACCGUUGAAUUCAGACUCAAGGACAGAGCAUACACCAUCAAUGACGGUGAACAGGUCAUUGAAAACGCCGUGUGGGUUUUGGCAACUGGGUUUUCCGAGUUCAAAGCCGACGGCACCACUGUGGACUACAUUGACUUUUGGGUCACUGACAUUAGCCCCCAGAAGAUGGCCACCAAGAUUCUGACGGAAAAGAUGGAAGAGGCUAUUCAAUUGAAGACCCACCAGGAGCGAUUCAUUGACAUGAUAAGCCAUGAGAUUCGUAAUCCACUGUCCGCCGUGUUGCACUGUGGGGAGGAGGUGGUUGAGGCCAUGGGCAAGUGUUUGGCGGUGAUACAGGAGCAGAUCUCGGACGAACAGACUCCAGGACUUUUCGACACACUCCAAAGGUCCCUGGAUAGCGCUCUCGACUCGGCAAAUACUAUCAUGUACUGCGUACAGCACCAAAAGCAAAUUGUCGAUGACGUCCUUACGCUGUCGAAGCUGGACUCGAACUUGCUGGUCGUUUCACCGGUUCCGAUCCAGCCUAUCGGUCUUGUGCGUUCUUCACUCAAGAUGUUUGACCACGAAAUCAAGAUGGCAGACAUUUCUCUCGAAAUUGUGGAGGAUAAAUCUCUGACUGAACUCUGCGUGGAUUGGAUCCUCCUGGACCCCAACCGAUUUAUCCAGAUUGUUUUGAACCUGGUCACGAAUGCCAUCAAGUUCACCAGGCCUUCUUCCACUCGAAUGAUUGUCAUCGUUGUUUCAGCAUCAACGGAACCACCUCCAGGACCGUCACUCGGCGUGGACUACGUACCCAGUCGAUACUCCCUGGCCCAGCCGCCAAGUCCAAUGGGGGACCCGGCUGAGACUCUGGGAGACAUAUAUCUAUCGCUCAGCGUUCGAGACUCGUGCAAAGGGUUGAAUUCCAAGGAGAAGGCGUCGUUGUUCAAUAGAUUCGCUCAAGCCUCUCCCAAAACUCAUAUUGAGUACGGCGGAUCCGGACUUGGCUUGUUCAUCUCGCACCACAUCACGGAGAUGUUGGGAGGCAGGAUCGGUAUGACAAGUAGUCCCGGGUGUGGAUGCACCUUUGCGUUUUACGUGAAAGCGAACAAGACGACUGCACCUGCGAAGUCUUCAGCAACAGCCGUUAGUCGCCACAGCUGCGCAAACAUGGAACCUGCUCAGCUCCAGCUAAACACGGCACUAGACUUGUCAACUACGGCUACACCGCCAAUUGUGCUGACGCCAAAAGAGAAACCAGGUGCCGGUGCUAUGACGCUAGACUUGGAACCUGUCAUGGUUAAGCGUCACGUACUGGUUGUGGAGGAUAACCUCGUGAACCAAAAGGUCCUCUGCAAGCUUUUGCGGAAUCGUGGCUUCAUCGUCGCUGCCGCAAACCACGGGAGAGAAGCCCUCGACGCUCUAGUCACCCCUUCUCCACCAUCGCCAAAUGGGACACAGCUCCUCAUCCGUCGGUUCGAUAUCGUACUGUGUGAUGUUGAGAUGCCCGUCAUGAACGGCCUCGAGUUUGCGACCGAAGUCAGAAGGUUAGAAGCGCAAGGACAGCUGCAGGGACAUGUUCCCAUACUCGGAGUUACGGCGAAUGUUAGGGGAAAGCAGGUCAACGCCGCUCUCGAAUCUGGCAUGGAUGGCGUAACCACCAAACCCUACAAGAUGGAAGAUCUUGUAGCGCAUAUCGACAGCGUAUGUCCGGCCAAGACGACCGAUCCCGUAAUCAGAUGAUAAAUUAAGGGCAAUUGACUACAUAUGUCUGUUUUUUGGGAGAAAGCUAAGAUGUUCACGCAUCUCAUACGGAGGAGUUUCUCGGUGCAUGUUCACGUCAGGGGUAGGGUUUUCAUGCACGAUGCAUGGACGGUACUUCAUUAAGACAUCUAAUUAGCGUCUACUUCUC